AUGGGAAACGUCUGUUGCAGUGGAAGAACUCACUCUAAAGACUCGCAUGGGUCAUCUUAUGAGAUCAAUAAAGACGAGAAGAAAAUAGAUAUCUCACAUGAUGAACCAAAAUCAUUUUGGGACCGAUAUGUAGGCCCUUUAAACUGGCCAAAACAUGAAGAAAAAUCUGAAGCGAAAACCACAGAUUAUGAGCCAAAAAGCGUUGAAUCAAAAUCACCAGAAAAUUUUGAGGAAUGCUUAGAAUACGAGUUUGACUCAGUAGCUGAUCUUAACCGUGACCAGAAAUCAGCAGUAGCUGAUAUCCUAGAUAGUUGCAAACCUAUGUGCAACGGGGAAAGAGCUGAAGAGCUUGAUGGGUUUUUGCAUAUUAUUGAGGUUACUCAUAAAGAUGAAUUCGAGAGGCUAUUGAUGUUUACCACCUGUGCUGUGUAUGUCUUAGAUCUCAAGAACCAUCUGAAACUUAUUCAGAGGAUUCCUAUUGAAAUUUUAAAAUCGUUUCAUCUGACAAAAAGCAAAGAGGUUCUCAUCAUUAAAUUUUUGAGAAAAAUACAAGAUAAAAGCUAUUUAUGUUUAAAAUGCGAAAGAAUGGGAGAUCUGCUUAAAGGGAUCCAACAGCUUGCUUUAGAGAUGAAAAAUGAAUAUUUACCGUGAAAUAUUAUUGGUGAAUGAAAAAAAACUCUGAAGUUACUGAAAAAGGGAAAAGAUGAGGAGCUUUUUACACUAAAAAACUUUGAAAAAAACCCUAAAAUUAUAGAAGCGAUUGUGAAAAAUGGGGAUAUAGGUGAACAAAUUUUGAUAUUCGAGCCAACAGCAAAAGAUCCAGGCUUUUUCCAGAAAUCAAGCUGUUUCUUUCUUCUUACAGACGCAGCUAUAUACACUCUCGGACCUAAAUCCAUACUAGAAAGCAGAAUUCCUCUUUCAAGAUUAACCAAAGUCGAAGAAGAUACCACAAAUAGUUUUAUCAUCGCACAUACAAAUGAAACUCUACAGCAAUGGAAACUUCCUUCUGAAUACAAAGAAAUUAUAUUAAAUGCAGCUCGUUCAUGCUCAGCUCAGAGAAAUGUGCUGGCAUUGUAA